GUUUUCUUCUCUAACUGAGUGAAAGUUAAAGCCUCUCUCGUCAUGACGGUCGUGCUUCAGUGAAAGGAUUUUAUACUGGAAAACAAGGGAAACUCUGGUUGAAAUAUGGCCCAUCGGUCCCAGUGCUCCUCUGCCCGGGACGACCCCCUGGACCCCAACUAUCUGCCCCCUCACUACCGCGAGGAAUACCGAAUAGCUAUUGAUGCCCUCAUUGAAGCUGACAUAGAGGGCUACUAUGAAUUUCUACAGGGAGCAGAUGUGGUUGAUUUCUUAUCCCAUCCAGAGAUUGAGUACAUCAGGUGCAUGGUGCAGGCUCCGCAUCAACAGACAGCCCAACCAGAGAAGAGAUACAUGGCUGAAGAUGCAGAUGGCUCGUCUGACACUUACUGGCCGAUCCAUUCAGACCACAAUGCUCCAAGCCUGGACUUAGGCUGGCCACAACAGUACAGAUUUGUUGGACCGACGGAGGUCACUAUGCUGGUCAACCCGUGUGACCCUGAGAUGCCGAGUAUUAAGGAAGAAGUCCGAAGAAUGAUCAGGAGUGCACAACAAGUUGUUGCCGUGGUGAUGGAUAUGUUUACAGAUGUUGACAUCUUUGCCGACAUCCUUGGCGCAGCGAUGCGUGGUGUAGCUGUUUAUAUUCUUCUUGAUGAACUGAAUGCUCACCAUUUUGUUGCAAUGGUGAAUAACUGUAGGGUGAAUCUGGAUGAGAUAAAAUUCAUGCGAGUAAGAACUGUGUCUGGCAGUACCUAUUUCUGCCACACAGGCAAGUCCUUCAAAGGCCAGAUGAUGGAUCGCUUCAUACUGGUAGACUGCAGGGCUGUUUUAAGUGGCAACUAUAGCUUCAUGUGGUCUUUUGAGAAGAUACAUCGCUGCCUAGCACAUCUGUUUCUUGGACAGCUUGUGACUACCUUUGAUGAAGAGUUUCGGAUUCUGUUUGCCCACUCAGAGCCACUAGUUGUUGAAAAUAUUUUGGCAAAUAUGCCACACUACAGCAGUGAAGAAGGAAGUUACUAUAACACAGAUAAGACCCACAUGCUUAAAAGAGAAUAUCCAACUGUGGACAUGAAAUGGACUGAAUAUUCUGCAGAGGGCCAUAUGAAUGCUGGUCACAAAAUGCUACCCUACAGGAGGGGUAAAUCCAUCCACACUGCAGUAGAGGAAAAUCCCUCUGUUCAGAGGCACAUGAAUCUACAUGCCACUCAACAAUUUCGAGGGGACCAUCAACCUAUUGAGCAUAGAAGACAAAUGAGAGGGCCAACUGAAAUGGAUUGCUUCAAAAGGCAUGGCUAUGCUGACAUACCUAAUUAUGAAUACAUGCCCCCUCGAAAUCAUGCCACAAUCAGAGGCAAGCAGUACAAGGAGGGAGCAGUGACCCAGAGCACCCACUUUGCAAGGGAACCUUGUUUUUACCAGCAGGGAACUGGAUUACAGACAGGUUAUGACAUGUAUGGCAGGAUUAGAGGGCAAGGCUACCACGUAGAUCAGUUUUCAGGGUCUGGCUACCCUCAUGAGGGAGAUGAGGCUGGACCACCAGAUGCUUAUGAUCAUGUUCAAAGAUACUUGCAGUCUCACUCUCCUAUGGAGGAAGGACACAGUGCCAGGAAUUUAAUGCCGCCUGUGCAGUCUAAUCUCAGGAGACAUAUUAUGGGUAAGUCUUAUGCUUGUCAGACGUCCCCAACACAACAAAACAUACUAGACCAGAAACGUUUGUUCAAUGUAAACCGCAAACCACAGGAUGUGAGCCAAAAGCAGGGGCUGCGAAAUUGGAGGAUCAGCUCGUACCUUAGUACAUAUGAUGAUGCAGAAGAAGUGGAUUUGUCUGAACUUGAAGGAUCUGACUUGUGUGAUAACGUUCCAUGUUUUAUGCAGGAAGGGCCUUGUGACCCUGUAGGUGCCGAAAUUAGACCAGGUAACAGGGAGUUUAACAGGAUACCUUUAUCUGGGGAAAAUCACACAUUUCUUCAGAUUCAAAACACUUCCAAUUUGCCUGAUUAUUCAGUUAACCACCCAGCAGACUUAUCACAAUUAAAUAUCAAAACAACAUCUACAACAACUUCAGAGUCAUCUUGCAACACUGAGGGUGACAAAGUGGAGGAGACACAGAAUAGAGAACCUAAAGAAACCAAUCUGAUUAUUGAAGAGUUUCACAGGAGGAAACCCACUUGCACUGUCCCGAGGAGAUCUAGACUGAGAGACUCACUAAUAUUCAGAUCAAAUUUGGAGAUGCAUACUUCAGAGGUGAAAGAUACUUCAGUAGAAAAAGAUGGAGACGAGACUACAAAACUUGUAGUCUCAGCUUGUGUGUCUAAUAUGUUGGAUAAAAGAAGAGCGCCAUUCCAGUGGAGCAGUUUUGCAAGGUCAACCACAGUUGAAAACCCAGUCAUGAAGUGUGCACACUCUGAGGAAGUACUAAACAAAGUUGGUGCAAAUUUUAAGGAAGAUAUUGUUGAGAAAUUCCAAAAUGCACAAAAAAAGACAAUAAAGGUCCCUCUGCAAGAGAAAGACCUGCCUGAACAAGUACAAUCAGCAGUUUUUGAAGGAAGGAGUCAAAGAGAUGAACGCACAUCUGAAGUAUUUCAAAGGUCAGCUUCUUUCAUAGACAUGAAUGAUCCUGACUGUAGAUUGAGGUUUUUCAAAGAAUUAGCAGCCAAACGCAAAGCUGAACUUGCAGCAGCAAAAUUAUCUCAAAGCAAUACUGACACAUCCCCAAAAAAGUCUGAUGCACCUGAGAAACUCUCUACCAGUGACAUAGAUAAAAAGGCAGUGCCUGUUUUUAAGACCCCAACAACCCCAGUUAAGUCAAAAAAUGCCACUCUCACAGCACCUGAGAAACAAAAAACCCUUGAUGGCACUAAAUGUGAGAAAUCUAGUGAAGACAUCCCGCACAGAGCCACAGAUGCUGAAAAAAUUAGAUUGAAGAAAAAACAUGCAGAAGAGUCUGGCUUAAAUUCUUUUCAAGAAGACACCAGCCCAGUCCCUGUUAUGGAGACAAGCACAGUACAUAAAGCUAAAAAUCAGUCAACCCCCAUUUUAAAUGUCUGUACACAAAAGCAUGUAUGUGAUUUGUCUGCUGACCCCAUUGCCACAAAAAGUGUUCAUUCCAAAAAACCCACUGCAAUGAUUGAAGACUCUUUCAAACAGCAAAGUGCAAUGGGGGCAGAUUUUCCCCCACAGCCGAAUGCAACAGAAAACGACAUUUCCCAACCCCCCACUGCAGUUGAGACAGACUAUUUCCAACAGCCUACUGCAAUCGAAGAAAACUCUUCCCAACAGCCCACUGCAGCAGAAAGUGAAUCUUCCCAACAACCCACUGAAAUGAAGACAGACCACACUACAACAAGAAAUGAACUUCCCCAACACCCCACUGCAGCAGGUCCAGGUUCCUCCAAAGAUUCGCCUACAAUAAGGGUAGACUCUUCCCAGCAGCCAACUGCAACAGACACAGACUCUUAUCAGCACCCCACUUUAACAGACACAAAUUCUUCACAUCACCCCACUGCAACAGACACCGACUAUUUCCAACACCUCACUGCAACAGACAAUGGCUCUUCCCAGCACUCUGAUCCAACAGACACAGAUUAUUUUCAACCCCCCACUGCAAAAGUCACUGACCCUUACCAACACCCCACUGCAACAGACUCAGACUUUUCCCAACAUCCUACUGCAACAAACACCAACUCUUGCCAGCACACCAAUGCAACAGACAAAGUCUCUUCCCAAAAGUCCGCUGCAACAGACACAGACUCUUCCCAACACCCCAGUGCAACAGACACAGACCCUUCCCAGCACACCAAUGCAAUAGACACUUCCCAACAGCCCACUGCAACAGACACAGACUCUUCCCAACAGCCCAAUGCAACACACAGAGACUCUUCCCAACUCCCCUUUGCAACAGAUAUAGACCCUUCCCAGCACCCCAAUGCAACAAACACAGACAUUUCACAGCAGGCCACUGCAACAGACACAGACUUUUCCCAACAAUCCUCUGCAACAGACAUAAGCACUUCCCAACAAUGCACUGCAUCAGACACAGACUCUACCCAACCCCACACUGCAAUAGACACAGACUCUUCCCAACACCCCACUGCAACAAACACAGACACUUCACAGCAGGCCACUGCAACAGACACAGACUUUUCCCAACACCCCACUGCAACAGUCAUAAGCACUUUCCAACAAUGCACUGCAACAGACACAGACUCUACCCAACCCCACACUGCAAUAGACACAGACCCUUCCCAACACCCCACUGCAACAGACACAGAAUCUUCCCAACGAUGCACUGCAACAGGUAGUGAGUUUUCACAGCAACUGACUGCAACAAACACAGACUCUUCACAAAUCCCCACUGCAACAGACAUAGACUCUUCCCAGCACCCCAGUGCAACAGGUGACAUAUUUCAGACAGGCUCAGUGAGCACUUCUAUACUUGAAACUAACGUAGAGAAAAAUCUCUUUACCCUAGUAGCUUGCACCACACAAAAUGCUGAAGUCAAAUCCCCUGAACAUGGUCCAGCAGAUGACAGUGAAUCAUCUCUGAAGAUCACCUUGCCCAUUGACUUCACUUCAUCAGAAACAUGCCUGUCACAAGAAACCAGGUCACCUAACAUCAAUGAGGAAAAAGACAUUAGCGUUUGUCAAGCCUUGAGCAAACAAGGACCCAUCCCAUCCACUAACAUUACUCAGACAGACAGCAUCGUAUCUGAAAGUGCAGUCAUCACAGACUUAGGUUCAUCAGCUGAACAUUCCCAAUCUGAUUUUUUGACACCUUGUGCUUCCCCAGAGAGCAGUUUGAAUCUUAAUUCUGAUAUAACCAAACCCUGGAUGGAACUAAAUUCUUCCCCUAACCACACGCAAGCACAAGCCAAAUCACCUAUAACCAAUGUGAGAAAAGAUACAAACAGUUGUCAAAAUGACCCAAAACCUGAGAAUAACAAAGAUGAGUGUCAAAAGCAUGAGACCAUUGAUGAGCAACUUCAGAGGCAUGACACUUCAGCUGGACCCGAGGACCAUGAGAAAGCUGCGGUUUCUACAGCACUCGACCCUAUCCAGGGUGAUAGAACCAAAAAUACAACACCAGAGUUAGAAAACUCUGUGACAAACUUUGAAGAGGUGUUCGAAAAAUCUGAAUGUGACUUGAUUGAACACAGUGAUGCAGAAAAUCAAUCUUCUGUUACAAAGAAACCAAAAUCUGUUAUACCCGCACAUCAGUCAUCUACUGCAAAUGUUCUCUCCUCCACCAACCUUAGAGAUGACACUAAAGUUCUUUUAGAACAAAUUUCAGCAAAGAACCAAAGCAGAGCAUCCCAGUCCAAACAGACUCUUGAAAUCAAAGCGGGUGAGGUUAGCUCUGCAGAUGAACAUUCAGGAAGGCCCUGGUCAUCCAGUGUUACACCAGAAGACCGGGCAAAGUUACUACAAAAGAUGGAGCAGUUGCGUAAAGAGAGAAGGGUCUACAGUCGUUUUGAGGCCUCAUAAAUUGGGACUAAACUUUUGGAAUAGUGGCUCCAGUAUUUGACGAUGAAAGGGAAGCAAUUUUGCUGUAUUUUCCUCCAGUCUUACCUCAUUAUGUGAGCCUGCACUAACUUGGGUCAGAGCAUCUUACAACACGUGAUUUGAAAAAAUAGUGCCUCCUACCUUGCCAGAGUGGAAAUCUCUGCAAGACUUGACAAGAUUGAGAUUAUACUGUAGCUCUUGCAGCAGCCCUGAACUCAGUACAGCUAUGCAGAUAGACUGUAACAGAAGACAGGACCACAACCCCUUCCUGCUCGAAAAAGGAUGAAACACAUGCUGAAGACUUUGUGAUUAUCUGGAUUUCUGUAUCCAGAAAUUGUGAUCUGAUGUACAAUUGUAAUUAAUAAUAUUUUCAGAAGACACAAACAACAAUUUACUAUGUAAGUACAAUAUAAAAAAGGCACAAGUGUAUUAUGUCUGUCCUUGGCAAUCAUUUGAAAUAAGUAGAUUUAAAAUUAUUCAAACCGUAAUACAAAAAAACAAAAUAAAAAUACAUUCUUAUGGAAACAAAGAGGUCAAAGUUUAAAACUUGUCAUAUGCUAAGAUAUUUGGUACACUAAUGUGAAAACAUGUCAGACACAAUUCAGUUAUUGUGCAGUUAAAUUAAAUGUGCAAUAUUGCAAGUUUAGCAUGAGACACUGAUAUUGAUUUAUUUAAACUUUGAAGUAUGUUUGUGAAGAGUUGUUAAUGUAAUGAUGAGGCAGCAUCUGUUUUUGACAAGGGUUCACAUGCUGGAUUUUAUGGACUGCAUUUGAAGAGAACCAAUAAUGUCACACAAAUAUGUUUAUGUUGCCACCCCUUCCAGAGGUUGUAAGAUUGAAUCAUGUUUAUAGCAGGGAGGUCUGUUACACUGACAUGAAAAUAAUAAAUUAAAAGUAGAACAUAAGACAAGUUCCCCAAAUAGCAAUUUCAUCUCUGCUGAUAAAUUACUGAACCAAAUACUGUAUGUAUGCUCAAUAGGAAGGGACUUGUUAUCACUCCAAGAGAAAAUCCUAAUGUCUGAUUGAGAAAUAAAACCUAAUAAAAUGAAUUCUUCCA